GAUAGAGAGGUAGAGAGGCGGUUACGAGCAUGAAGAUAUAUGUGCAUUAAUAAAGAAAGAAGAAAAACUGAGGACAGGACGUUGAUGUGGACGUUGGAGCGUCAGCGAGGAGACAUUUUGAACAACUAGAGACACACCUGCAUACGUCUGUUGACUUGAGUACUAUCUGUCAUCCUGCCUUGGAUGAAGGACAUUUCCUCCACAAUGUUAGUGGUGACACUCUUAGCCCUGUCUCUACUUCACAAGUCUCUGGUUGAGUGUCAGCCCACCCAGAAUUCAAGUCCUCCAGGAGUACAACCUCCACUGGGUACCGAUAAUCUGUCCUUCCCCUGGAGCCGUCUUCGCCUGCCGAGGUACAUCAUUCCUCUUCAAUAUGACCUCUUCCUGCACCCCAACCUCACGACUCUCAGUUUCACCGGCUCAGUGCGGAUCCAGAUCGAUGUCCAGAAUAAUACUAACUGGGUUGUGUUACACAGCAAAGGUCUGCAGAUCUUUAAAGCCACCAUACUGAACCAGAACCUUGCUCAUCUCUCUGACCAGGUUCUUCCAGUUCUUCAUAACCCGUCGCAUGAGCAGAUUGGCAUUUUCUCUCCCAGGGUGCUCAGCAGUGGGCAAAAGUACUUCCUGCAUAUUGAGUUUGGGGCAGAGCUAGUAGAAGGCUUCAAUGGCUUCUAUAGUAGCACCUACAGAACCAGUACAGGAGAGACGAGAACCUUGGCGUCCACUCACUUUGAGCCCACGAGUGCUCGCAUGGCGUUCCCUUGUUUCGAUGAGCCGAACUUCAAGGCCAACUUCUCUGUCCGGAUUAGGAGGAGCCCAGAGCUCAUUGCUCUCUCCAACAUGCCUGUAGUCAAGACACUCGAAAUAAAUGACAGCCUGCUAGAGGACUGGUUUGCUGUGAGUGUAAAGAUGAGCACGUACCUUGUGGCGUUUGUCAUCUGUGACUUCAGAUCUAUCACAGCAACAACAUCCUCUGGAGUGAAGGUGUCCAUCUAUGCCGCCCCUGGGAAGUGGCAUCAGACCCACUAUGCCCUUGAGGUCGCUGUGAAAAUGCUGGACUUCUACGAGGAAUACUUCAACAUUCCCUAUCCUCUACCCAAGCAAGAUCUGAUCGCCAUCCCAGACUUUCAGGUCGGUGCAAUGGAGAACUGGGGAUUGACCACCUACAGAGAGACGAGCCUUCUCUAUGACCCCCUCACUUCCUCUGUGUCUAAUAAACUCUGGGUUACUAUGGUGAUCGGACAUGAGCUCGCCCAUCAGUGGUUCGGUAACUUGGUGACCAUGGCGUGGUGGAACGAUAUCUGGCUGAAUGAAGGAUUUGCCAGAUACAUGGAAUUCAUUUCAGUGGAGGCCACCUACCCUGAGCUCUCUGUGGAGGAAUAUAUGCUGAACACCUGCUUCUUAGGAAUUGGCCUUGAUUCGUUGAAUUCCUCACGUCCAAUAUCCAGCGCAGCAGAGAACCCCACUGAGAUCGAACAGAUGUUUGACACAGUCUCCUAUGACAAAGGCGCGUGUGUCCUGCACAUGCUGCGACACUUUCUGACCGAUGAUGUGUUUCAGAGCGGGAUUGUGCGAUACCUACGCAAGUACAGCUACAAAAAUGCACACAACCAGGACCUGUGGGACAGUCUGACUAAUACAUGCUCAGAAGAAGACUUCAUCUCAGGAAAAUACUGUUACAGUGGCAGCCAGGCCACCAAGAAUGCAUACCUGUUUGCAGGAGAACAUCUGAAUCUGACGGCCAUGAUGAACACUUGGACUCUGCAGAAAGGUAUUCCUCUAGUAACUGUGAUGAGGAAGGGGAAUCGUCUGAUGCUGAGACAGGACAGGUUCCUGAGAACAGUGCUUCCGUCUGACCCUCUCUGGCCCGCGCUGCAGAAGGGUUUUCUUUGGCAUAUCCCUCUGACAUACAAGACCGAUGGUUCCAGCACAAUUCACAGACACCUGAUGACAACGCACACAGACAGUGUACACAUAGGAGAGGAUGUCAGUUGGGUGAAGGUAAACACUGACAUGACUGGCUAUUAUGUGGUUCAUUAUGAGGACAAUGGUUGGGAUGAGAUGACCAAACUGCUGAGAGAGAACCACACCGCUCUGAGCUACAAAGACAGGACUCAGCUGAUACACAACGCUAUUCAACUGGUCACUGCAGGACACCUGUCGAUAAAUAAAGUCUUAGACCUGAUUGGUUACCUGCGACAGGAGACGCACACAGUGCCUCUCCUCCAAGGACUUGGAUAUCUGGAGGCAAUUUACCAUGUGAUUGAGAAAAGGAAGGAGCCUGAGCUAACACACAACCUGGGGACGUACAUCCUGCGAUUCUUCCGUGACAUUGUCGACCGUCAGACAUGGAGCGACAGCGGCUCUAUGUCAGAGCGACGGCUGAGGUCAAAGGUCAUCUCUCUUGCUUGUCACCUGGAGGACCCUCGCUGUCUUCAGCAGGCACAUCAGAGCUUCACUGACUGGCUAAAGUCAAAUGGAACACUCAAUUUACCCACUGAUGUGGCAGAGACUGUGUAUUCAGUUGGAGCACAGGAUGACCAUGGCUGGGCCUCACUCUUACAAAAAUACAACAUCUCCCUCUCUGAAGCACUAAAACACCAAAUCCUAUCAGCUUUGACCUGCAGCAAAGACAUCAGCAAACUGGAAAGACUGCUGGAGUUGGGACUGGAAGGUAAGGUGAUUCGAUCUCAGGACCUGGAUUCUUUAAUUCUGAUGGUGGGCAGCAGCCCGCAGGGACAUCACCUCGCCUGGAACUUUGUCAAAAAGAACUGGGACACGCUGGUUAAGAAGUUCCAGUUGGGCUCAUCUAGUAUUAGGCACAUCAUCAUUGGCACAACGGGCCAGUUUUCCUAUCCAGAAGAGCUCACUGAAGUACAGUCCUUCUUUGAGUCCAUCAAAGAACAGUCAUCUCAGCUGAGAGCUACUCAGGUUGCACUUGACAACAUGCAGAAGAAUGUUCGCUGGUUUCAGAGGAACCGAGAGACUCUAAGGAACUGGCUCCAAGAGCAAAUGAAGUGAAACACAGCAGGGAUGGAGGUGUUGGUUAUCGUCAUCCACAUCGAGGAUGGUUUAUGUGGUUUUGAUUUUGUAUCUGUGUUUUUAUUUUUAAAACGUAAAAUCACUGUUCAGCAUUUUGUAAGUUUUCAGUGGACUAAUUCGAUCAAAUAAAAAAAAUGUUUUAGUAGAACUGAAAGGAGAGCAGAGGUAGUGUGUGUGUGUGUGUGUGAGAGAGAGAGAGAAAGAGAGAGAGACAGAGAGAGAGACAGAGAGAGGGGGAGAGAGACCCAUUCCAAAUUAAGACAUAAAUAGAUUCUUAACCAAAUAGACAAUAAAAAUACCACCUUGGAGUGUCAAAUGACACAUGUUGUUGUGUUAUUGUGCACAUGUAUUAGUGUAACCAUUGUGUUUGCACUUGGGUGUAUAUAUAUCCUUGGUAUUUGACAUAUGAACUAUACGUUCCAGUGUUAAGGUUUGUGGUGCUUGGAGCAUAAGGAGUAUGUAGCUCCAUAUUGAUUUCAUACCCUGGGGUUUGAAAUCAAUACUAAAUUUAACUGACAGCCAAAGAAGGGAAGCACGAAUUGGAGAGAUAAGGCCCGUAAACUUUGUGUUGGUCAAGUCAGUUAAAUUUAGUAUUGAUUUCAUUCAUAUUCUGGAGCUACUAACUCCUUAUGCUCCAUGCCUUAAUCUUAGAUCUCCCAUCAAACGCUUACAAGUAGUUCCAAGUUCUUUGCCUGAAGAGAUUAAACUUUACCGGUUUACCUGGUUUAUACAGAUGAUGUUUAUUCAAACAUUUUAUUUGCAUGUUUUCUUCCUUAAAUUCGGUAGAAAUACAUUUUUUAUUAUUAUGAUUAUGAUUAUUAUUAUUUUUAUCAUUAUUUAGGGCCCGAGCACUGACAGGAACUUACGGACAGUGAGGCCCUAUUGUAAUUAUAUGGAUUAUUAUUAUUAUUCAGGCAAAUGAAUUGGCGUUUUGUGGGCUUUAAAAAAAAAUAUUUACCUCC